UACUUAAACAUUACUUAGUUUUACUCAGCUCGAUUAGCUUUAUGGUUAUCCUGAGUAAACAUUACCUCUUUUUUGUAUUAAUAUAUUAUAUUGUAAAGUUUAACUUUUUUUCUAUUUGGUAAUAAAGCUUGUUGUUGUUGUUGUUGUUAAACAACUCAGGCCUGCUAUUUCAAAAAUUACUGCUUUGCAGCCCUUAAUCUCUCCUUUCUGUCAUCACCAUGUACUUCCAUGUAGAGACAACAUGAAUGUGAAGUUUUAAAAUCAACUGUGUCAAAGCAAGUUCAUGCAAGUUUAUAUUCCAAUUGAGCUCUAAACUUAAUUUACACCUGGUCCCACUCAAACUGGGAUUUUUGUCAUAAUGUUCACCUAUGUCGUUUCCUAUGUUGUAAUAGGUUUCCCUUACAUCAAAGUAUCCAUGUCGAUCUAAUAGUAGACUCAUUUUGUGUUCACAAAUUUAUUCCUGACCAGAACCUUGAAUGGAAAGAAAAUAGAUCCUCAGGAUUUUGAAGCCCUUCCAGAAUUUGCUACAAUUUGUGCCAUGUGCAAUGAUUCCAGUGUAGAUUACAAUACAGUAAGAGAUGCCUAUGAAAAAGUGGGUGAAUCGACAGAAACUGCACUAACAGUUUUAGUGGAGAAGCUCAAUGUGUUUGGUACAAAUCUGAGUGGAAAGUCCAAAGCUGAACUAGCACAUAUCUGUAAUGAAGACAUCAAGUCUCACUUUAACAAGGAGUUUACCCUGGAGUUCUCCCGUGACAGAAAGUCAAUGAGUGUGUACUGUACUCCUAGAAUUGACGGGCCAAACUCGGUCCAUGAAAAGAAUCCAAAGAUGUUUGUCAAGGGUGCUCCUGAAGGAAUUAUUGAAAGAUGUAACUAUAUUAGGGUUGGUAGCAAGAAGCAACCCCUGACACCGAAAACCAAACAGCAGAUUCUGGAUCUAGUGAAAACUUAUGGAACAGGUGCAGACACACUUCGUUGCCUUGCCCUGGCAACAGUUGAUGAGCCUAUCCCGCCCAGCAAGAUGGAUCUUGAGAACUCUGAAAAGUUUGCAGAGUAUGAGAGCAACAUGACAUUUGUAGGUGUGGCGGGCAUGUUGGAUCCACCUAGAUUAGAAGUGAAAGACUCGAUUGAGAAAUGCCAUGAUGCAGGAAUCAGGGUUAUUGUCAUUACUGGAGACAACAAGGCAACUGCUGAAGCCAUUUGUAGAAGAAUUGGUGUCUUUGGACCUACUGAAGACCCAACAGGAUUAUCUUUCUCAGGCCGUGAGUUUGAUGAGUUAACUCAAGAGGAACAGAGAGAAGCUUGUUUGAAUGCAAGAUUGUUUUCACGAGUAGAGCCAGCACACAAGAGUAAGAUUGUGGAGUACCUUCAGGGGGAGGGUGAAAUAUCAGCCAUGACUGGUGAUGGUGUCAAUGAUGCCCCUGCAUUGAAGAAGGCAGAGAUUGGAGUCGCCAUGGGAUCUGGAACAGCUGUGGCAAAGUCUGCUUCUGAAAUGGUAUUAGCUGACGACAACUUUUCAACUAUUGUGGCUGCUGUGGAAGAGGGAAGAUCUAUUUAUGACAACACAAAACAGUUUAUUCGGUACUUGAUUUCCUCAAAUAUUGGAGAAGUUGUCAGCAUCUUCCUGACUGCAGCCCUGGGAAUGCCAGAAGCACUCAUUCCAGUCCAGCUUCUGUGGGUGAACCUCAUGACAGAUGGACCCCCUGCUACGGCACUUAGCUUCAACCCUCCUGAUGUGGACAUUAUGAUGAAGCCUCCACGCAAGGCUAAGGAAGCUCUCAUCAGUGGCUGGCUCUUCUUUAGAUACAUGGCUAUUGGAAUCUAUGUUGGAGCUGCCACUGUUGCUGCCUCGGCAUGGUGGUUCAUGUUUUAUGAGAAUGGUCCUAAAGUAACUUAUUACCAGUUGACACACCACAUGCAGUGUACAACAGAUCCUACAAGCUUUGUUGGUGUUGAGUGUAACAUUUUUAACGACCUUCAUCCCAUGACCAUGGCCCUAUCAGUGCUGGUCACAAUAGAAAUGUUCAAUGCUCUUAACAGCUUGAGUGAAAAUCAAAGUCUCUUUGUCAUGCCACCCUGGAGGAAUCCUUCUCUCAUUACGGCAAUUAUCGCUUCAUUUAUCAUGCACUUUGUCAUACUUUACUUCAAGAUUACCAAUACUAUUUUCCGCAUCACACCUUUGAACUGGGAUGAAUGGAUCGCAGUUCUCUAUUUCUCCUUUCCCGUUAUCAUACUCGAUGAAGUUCUCAAGUUUGUCUCAAGACACAUAGCUGAAGCUCCUCAUCUUCCUCCGCAAGCUAAAGCAAAAUCUGACUGAUUACUGACAGCAUGCCGGUCAUGCGUGUAACUGAUAUACCAGAAGUGGGUCACAGCUCUGAGGAGCACUGCACUCUGUAAAACAUUCUUGUGGUUCCUCCUGGGAACAAUGAACUAUCAAAGCCAUAAUCCUCAUUUCAAGAAGUGUCCUAACUCACGAAUAAUGGAGCAGAGGUUCCUGACUCACAUGACUGGACAACUUACAGUGUGUUCAUGAUUGCUUGUGCUGUGUUCUGCUGAUUGGUUUAUAGCAAUCGGAAAAUUAAUUCAGUUGACACUAUCUUGUUCUACCGACCGAUUUUCUCUUGCAAAGACAAGAUAACUCAUGGUUUGAUGCGUAUAAUAUAACGACAGCAGCAUUUCCGUCCGGGCCCUAGGGCCUUUAAUUUAUAUAUUUAAGUCUAAUUUUUCUUCAGUGCUAAAGGAUCUUGGUAGGUUUUUUUUGCAUCAAUCAGUCCAAACUUCAAUCUUUGGAUUGGCUUCUAGGAAUGGGAAAUCCAUUGACAUUUUAGUCUUUUUUAUGAAAUGUUGUUUUGAAAAGUGGAAUGCCUUUCAGGCAUCCCUGUUCCCCAUUCCCAAUGAUUGGGUUGGGGUGGAAAUGAGGAUGUCUUGCUUUCUAAAUAAAAAGGUGUGGAUGCCACCGACAUAUAUGUAAUAUAUCAAAGUUCUUAAUCCAGUAACUGACUGUUAGUUUGAUUGGUCACAAGACCUCUUUAUGUGACACUAGGAACAAUUUUUAUGUGGGGAGUAUAGCACCCUAACAUGUUCAAUGCGUUCGGUCUGUUAAGGAGCAGCACGAUCACAACGAGAGUUUUUGUCUCGUCGUUUUUCGCAUUGCCUCCAACUUUCAGAACACAUGGAACAGGGUAACAGCGCCCCUCUUUGUAGGCCAGUUAAACAUGCUUGUAAUUUGACCGCAAUUUGCUUAAAAGUUUAAAUGCCCAGGACUCGAGGAACUGUUGUUUCAUAUUGUUCGAUGCAUUUAUCUUCAUUUUUGAUAAAACUGAGUAAGCUCAGUAUUUUCUUGGAAAACAUUUAUCCUAUAACAGAAACCAUCGCAACAGCCAAAUUGUCAAGGCGAACGAGAAUUACUGCUGGCAAACACUACUCGUAGAAUAAAGCUCCACGUUUUAAGUUUUGUAUUGCGUUUGAUAUGUAAGCUUGUUGAUAAACGGGGUUUCUAGUGAGUGUGUCUUAACUGGUAUCUGAGAUGUUUUUAAACUUAGUUUGAUGCAGCUGUAAUGACUUUAUAUCCUGAAGCUGUGUGGUUUUAGUACGCUUGACGUCCACCCUAGUGCAAAGGAAAUUACCAUUCCUUACAAUGAUUGUUCUUUCGUACUUUACUUUUGCCCUUAAACAAAUGGUUCAUUAAAAGUCGACUUUCAUGAAAAUGUG